CAGAGCGAGGAAGUAGAAGAAGACACCCAUACAAAGGAAGCCGAAAGCUAACCUUAGCUCUAGUCUGCUAAAUGCUCUGGGCAAAUCCCUUAAUGUUUUAACUGAUGAUAAGAGGCCGGUUUUUAUCAUUGUAACCUCAUUAGGAAAGCCAACAUCUUACCUUCGCCUUUCAAUUUAAAAAAUUUAAAACACGUCGUUGUCUUUGUUAGCAAGAAAGCUGCCUGAGGUUGCUGUGCGACAACGAAAGCCACACACUUCUAGGAGUGUAGCUGGAUCUACCAUUGCUUUACCUGAACUAGACGGACAAAUAUAUUACUGACAUGACGGGGGUGGCCUCUCCGGAGAAGGCAGCAAGCUCCAAGAAGAAAAGUGAGAGGAAGUCUGCCUCUAAAGAAGAGUACAGGCAGCUGUCCAGCAUCAUGGCAGGCAUGAACACUCUGAGAAAACAGGGCACACUCUGUGAUGUCACCCUGGUGGUUCAGGGGCAACACUUUUCUGCCCACAGAGUGGUCCUCGCUGCUGCCAGCCACUUCUUCAGCCUCAUGUUUACCACCAGAAUGAUGGAAUCGAUGUCUCAUGAGGUGGAGCUGAGGAGUGCUGAGCCUGAGAUUAUUGAGCUGCUGAUUGAAUUCAUUUACACAGCAAGAAUCUCUGUCAACAGCAGCAACGUUCAGUCGUUGCUGGAUGCAGCCAACCAGUAUCAGAUUGAGCCAGUGAAGAAGAUGUGUGUGGAGUUCCUUAAAGGACAGAUCGAUGCCACUAACUGCCUGGGGAUCUCAGCCUUAGCAGACUGUAUGGACUGUCCUGAGCUGAAGGCCGCAGCUGAAGACUUUUUCCAGCUCCAUUUCACAGAAGUCUACAAACUGGAUGAGUUCUUGCAGCUGGACGUUACACAGCUCACAUAUUUGCUGCACCAGGACAAACUCACUGUUCGCGCUGAGGCUCAGAUUUACGAUGCAGCCGUGCGUUGGCUGAAAUACGAUGUGUGCAACAGAACGCAGUACAUGGUGGAGGUGUUGGGGUGCGUUCGCUUCCCUCUGGUCUCCAAAACCUUCCUGUCCAAAACCGUGCAGGCAGAGCCGCUCAUCCAGGACAACCCGCAGUGCCUCAAGAUGGUCAUCAGUGGGAUGCGGUACCAUCUGCUGUCUCUGGAGGACCGAGAAGACCUGGGAGAGAGCAGCCGGCCAAGACGCAAGAAGCAUGACUAUCGCAUCGCCUUGUUUGGAGGCUCACAGCCUCAAUCCUGCCGCUACUUCAACCCCAAGGACUCCACCUGGGCAGACAUCCGCUGUCCCUUUGAGAAGCGGCGCGAUGCCACCGCCAUCUUCUGGGACAAUGUAGUGUACAUCCUGGGGGGCUCACAGCUCUUCCCUAUCAAGCGCAUGGACUGCUACAAUGUUCUGAAAGACAGCUGGUAUUCCAAGCUGGGUCCACCCACUCCUCGCGACAGCCUGGCUGCUUGCGCUUCUCAGGGCAAGAUCUAUACAUCGGGGGGGUCAGAAGUGGGCAGUUCAGCUUUGGACCUUUUUGAAUGUUACGACACAAGGACAGAGUCAUGGCAGGUGAAAACUAGCAUGCUGUUGGCCCGCUGCAGCCAUGGCUCUGUGGAAGCCAACGGACUCAUUUAUGUUUGUGGAGGAACGGUGGGCAAUAAUGUCUCGGGGAGGAUCCUCAACAACUUUGAGGUGUAUGACCCCAGCACACAGCAAUGGAAAGAGAUGUGUGGGAUGAGAGAGGCCAGGAAGAACCACGGACUGGUGGUUGUCAACAGCAGGAUCUAUGCUGUUGGAGGGCAGGGGCCGUUGGGUGGACUAGAUUCAGUGGAAUACUAUGAUAUUGCCAGCAACGAGUGGCGAGCUGCUUCACCAAUGCCGUGGAGGGGCGUGACAGUGAAGUGUGCAGCUGUUGGUGAUGCAAUCUAUGUGCUGGCGGGCUUUCAGGGAGUGGGGCGGCUCGGGCAUGUCCUGGAGUACCACACUGAAACUGACAGGUGGGUGACGUGCAGCAAAGUGCGAGCGUUCCCCGUCACCAGCUGCCUGAUCUGCGUGGUCGACACGUGUGGAGUGAACGAAGACGAGGAUAUGGACCUCAUAGACUCUCAGCCGCACGCUGCAUCCUCUUCAUCUGCCACGACACCAUCCUCCUCAUAGGAUAGGAGGCAGAUUUUGUGUAUUUUCAUUUUAGAAUGUGUGUUGACAGUUUUAAAAGCAACCGAAGUUCACACUCACGUGAGAAUUUGUGUUUUAUUACAAACACAUUUUUGCUACUUUAUUCUAUUUAACAUUUAAUCCUUAAAAUUGCAUCUUUUUACUUUACAUGAUGCAUUGUUUGUUUUAGGCAAAAGCUUUAGUGCUACCCAAACGCUUUGUAAAUAAUGCCAGGUACUACACCUUGGAAGAACAUGCGUAAACAUUUUAUUUUCAGCUUUAUGUUGUUACAAGUACAAAAGUGGGAUUAAAAAAGAACAGGAAUGUAA